AUGGAAGAUAUGGAUGUCGACCAUCUCUUGACUGUGAGCUUUAAUCAAGAUGCAAAAUCGUUAGCUGUUGGUCAUGCAGAUGGUUAUAACUUGUACAUGGUGUCCGAUGUGUUGGAUAACAACUUUGGCGCUCCUCAGAAUCGAGAUACAUCCUCUUACUUGAGAGAAGCUGUAAUUGUUGAACGUUUGUUCCUAUCUUCACUUAUAAUAGUAGUGUCUCAGAAAGAUCGUCGUGUUUUACAUGUUUAUCACACAUCCACCAAAGAAAUAAUCGUCGAUUUAAAAUUCAAUAAGCCCAUCCUGAACGCCAAACUGAAUAGAGAAAGACUUGUUGUUUGUUUGGAUGAAGUCAUUAGCAUAUACAGCUUGAAGGAAAUGAAGCUUCUUCACUCUAUAGUCGAUACUCCAGUUAAUAGGCUCGGUCUUGUGGAUUUAUCUGCUUGUAACAAUGCUUACUUAGCUUAUCCAGGAGAAACUGAUUCCGGAAACGUUAACAUUUUCGAUGCGCAGAAUUUACAAUCUGUGAACAACUUCGCGGCUCAUGAUGCGCCCUUAGCUGCCAUAAAGUUCAAUGCAGAAGGUACUCUGUUAGCCACUGCCAGUACUAAGGGUACAGUCAUUCGUGUGUUCUCUGUGCCUCAGCAAGGAACGAAGCUAUUUGAAUUUAGGAGAGGAAUGUCUAGAUGCGUUACAAUUCAUUCAUUGGCGUUUUCCUGUGAUUCGUCUUAUCUGUGUUCAUCAAGUAAUACAGAGACUGUUCAUGUUUUCAAAUUAGAAAAACAGCCAGAGGCUGAAAGAGAACCAGCAAGCGAUAAUAGCUGGUUUGGUUAUCUUACCCAGGCUGCUUCAAGCUAUCUGCCAACUCAGGUGAACGAACUAAUUACAGUCGAGAGAAGUUUUGCUACCGCUCGUCUUCCUGGAAGCGAAAAAAAGAACAUUGCUGCUAUGCCAACAAUCAACGGCCAGACUUACUUGCUUGUGGCUACUACAGAUGGCUUCCUUUAUUGUUACAAGGUUGAGCCCGAUGGAGGGGAAUGCAAUCUUGUUAAGCAGCAGCGAAUCGGACCUCGUGCCGACAUGAGUACAAUGAAUCCAGACCUUUCAGCUCACCACGCGGUGCUUGAAAAUAAUUCUCUGUCUACUGACGAUCUCUGGUAG